CGAGGCGUGAGCGGGGGCGCGUGUUCCGCGCGAGACAGCUGCGGGUGCCGGCGGUGCGUGCAUUGGCCGUCGCGAGCCAGUCGCCUCGGUGAAUUCGAAUCGGCUGGAGGCCUCGAAGGACAUCGGUAGCCCUUUUUGCAAGAGGAUGAGUUACCCGACGGCCCCAGGUUACCAGGCGUACGCCGCAGCCAUAGGGCAGAGCUAUCCUUUUGGCAAUCAGGGCUACCAAGCAUCAGGCAUGCAGCGGCAGAUGCCGCAGCAGGGCAUCUCGGCCAUCCAGAACGCCCUGCAGGCGGCUGCCCUCCAACAGCAGCAGCAACAGCAGCAGCAGCGGUACGCAAUGGGAAAUCAGGGAUACUCCCCGAACACGACGGCUGCCGCCUAUCAGACGGCCGUGGCGUUUCAGCAGCAGCAGGAACAGCAACAGCAGCAACAGAAGCAGCUUCAGCAGCAGCUGCAGCAACAGCUGCAGCAACAACUUCAGCAACAGCUGCAGCAACAACUGCAGCAACAGCUGCAGCAACAGCAGCUGCAGCAGCAACAGCAACUGCAGCAGCAGUAUGCUCGCCAAGCCCAGGCCUACCAGAACUAUCCGGCGCAGGCCUACGCCAUGCCGCAGACCACCCAGGCGGCCUACCAGCAGUCGCCGGGCUACCCGGGUUCCAGAAGCUACACAGGUGGACAGAUUGGGGCUUCGGGGUACCCGCCGAACGGAGCGACGAACUACUCGGCUGGCUGGACCAGCGCGGCUGCUACUGCUGACAAGCAGUCAAAAAGUCCAUGGGCCGCUUACCAGCAGGCGACGGGAACAUGGCCAUCUCGGUGUCCCUCACCGCAGAACGCCGAACCCGGUCGUCAAAAUUACUACUAUGGCAACAACUACCCAAGCGGAAGCGGGUACCCUUCAGGCUACGGCAUUCCCAGCGCCUCCACUCCGGCCGGCUACCAGGUGCAGAGCUACGGACAGGGAUACCAACAACCAGGCGUUUAUCAAGUGCAGUCCCGGUACCCUCAAGGUCGCUAGCGGGCGAAGCCACCCGUCGCACGAACCCCAACUGCCGGAGAGUCCUGGACCAAUGGAAUGACCCGAGCUCGAAGGGUUGCCAAAGGAAAUUAUUAAAGUAGUAUUUCUG